AUGAAACGUCAGCAUAUUGAUGCGGUAAGUACAGACCGUCUGGAAAUACAUAAUCGAGAUGCUCCCGACGCAAGUGAAACCGAAGAUACAUCGCCAGGCACUCCUCCGGCACGAAAAAUCCUUAGAAGACUCUUAGAAACCGAAGUUCGUAAGGCUAUGUACGAAUUAAAUGAAGAGAUACCUACCGUCACAACAAGAAAAGAACACCGCGCAGCCUCACUUAUUCCUGAGUUCGACCCCGACAGGACUACCUUCAAAGAUACAAACGAUCUGGUUUUGACCGUGAAUGGUCAGAAACUCACGAACUGGGUUGAAAAGUUUGAUGACAAUUCUUAUAAAAUAUUACAAAAAAAUUAUACUAUUUUCGAGAAUGAAACGAUGAAUAUUACAUGUGAAGCUAGAAACGAGUUAAAGAAUCUUUCGUUCUAUUAUAGAAAACCUAAUGGUAAAUAUGAAGAUGUGGAACUUGAAACUAAGCACCAAUGUGCGGAUUAUCAACAUUGCAAGAAAAUUAGCUUGGAUCUGACACCUCAUCUCGGGUCUUCCUUAAUAUGCAAAUCGAAACGCAAUGACCAGAAAGUGACAAAAUUGGUUUUAUCUUUUCACAAAGGACUACCAAAUGUCUCCAUAAAGAUCAAUGAAAGUGUUAAAGCGGUGGGUCCGAACCAGACGGAUGUGACGUAUUUGUAUAACAACAAUGAUGUUAUUCAAGCAGAGUGUGUACAUAAUACUUUUGAAACCUUGCAAAUCGCGAUAUGGAAUUUUUAUAAUUUUAUUUCAGAUGAUUACGGUUACGUAAAAGACAAUAGACUUACGAAAGGUGGUCACUUUGCUGUCAUAAAAUUAACAAAAGAUAUCAGUGGAUGGUAUAUAGACUGCCAGGACACGUCUUCCUGUAAUCAACUAUCAACAUGCAAACCUCCUUUUAUUCGGCUAAGAUUCGUUUUAAGACCAAAUAACAAGAUCGUGGUUUCCUAUAAAAUGUUAACAAUAAAAGGUCUUAAAACGGAAAAUAUAAUAUUUGAUAACGGAACUAUUAUAUCAUACAAAUUUCAACAUGGCGAUAAAAUUGAACUAACGUGCCUCAAGACACCGAAACACACACACAAAAGCAGUCACAGCAAAUUUCACUUAACAUGGUAUAAAAGUGGCCAAAAUCUAACAAGAACAAAUCGUUUUGAAGAUGAAGUGAAACAAAACUUUCUUUUGCAUGAUGUGGAUAAUGGGUCACUUAUUACAUGUACAUUAGACGAAGACGUUGAUCAAAAUGGACUAGCUAAUGGACUGGAUGACUUCGCACCGUAUCACGAAAAUAAAUCAAUCAUAUUGUUUUAUGAAAAAUAUAUGGCUAAUACUGAAAGACCUACAACAGUUCAAGCUAUGGCCUCGGCACCAGAACCAACGGAUCGUGUUCCAACUCAAUUGGGGGGAUACAGUCUCAUAUUUGCGUCAUGUGCUAUUGUUACGAUUAUUAUAAUUAUUAUAUUGAUUUGUAUAAUAAUAAAACAAUCAAGGAAAAACAAAGUAUCAGAGGAUAAAAGACAUCUACGUACAGCAAAUUCUUCGGUAAAAUCUCAAAGUUCUGAAUCUAUUACCAAAAUUGAUGCAACUUAUUCAAGCCCUAGAGAUGCCACAGAUAGAAAUGGAUUUCAAGAUCCCACCAUUCAUUGCAACGUGUAUCAAUCAGAUACUUACAGUAUUCCCUUUACUGAAACCAGAGAAGUUUACUCUGUGCCUAUACCAAAGAAGUUUAGGUCUCUCAAAACACCAAUAAAAGAAGAUAAUAUAAGCAAUAAUAAAUACUAUACAUACGCUAGAAACUACCAAAAUGGAUACAGCAAUGUCGGUUAUAAUAGUCCAAAUAGAAAACAAUAUGAAAAUUUAGAUAAUGAUAGGUUAAGUGAUGCUCCGUCGAGUUUAUAUUCGGAAAUAAAUAAUAAAUAU